UCAGCUAUGGAUCAGUACACACCUGAAGAGCUGGACGUGUUACGGGCGCAAGAUCAAGGGCCCUUGUGCCAGCGUAUUAUCAUCACAUUUACAUCGAUAGCAUUCAUUUCGAUAUGCCUGCGGGUGUACACGCGGAUGAAAUAUCACAAAACUGGAUGGGAAGACUGGACCAUUAUGAUUGCUAUGGUGCGUUGCUGUCUAUUAUCAACAUACCCGCAGGCCUUAAUGAUAAUAACAUGUGUUUGCCAAUUACUUCAGAUCAGAGCUGGCAGCGGGAAGCAUGCAAUGUUUGUGCCAUACCCAGAAAAAGUCUCUGAGGGCUUGAAGUAUCUGUUCUUCAGCAUCAUUGCAUAUAACAUGAGCCUCACUGCCACCAAAAUAUCGAUAUUGCUGCAAUACUACCGUAUCUUCACGAUACGCGAGCUGCGCGUUCCUGUCUAUGUGGCUCUAGCCAUCGUUGGUUCGUGGGGAGUGGUGUUACUGUUCACGUCCAUAUUCUCUUGCGUCCCAGUCGAGGCAUAUUGGAACGUACUGAUAAAAGGGAGUUCCAAAUGUGUGGACCAGAUGGCGUUGUGGUAUGUCAAUGCUUCCGCGAACAUGAUAACGGAUCUCAUGGUCGCUGUUAUCCCAGUUCGAGGCAUCUGGAGUUUACAGAUACCGAAACGCCAAAAGCUAGCGCUGCUCGCCAUCCUUACCAUAGGAUGGUUUGUAUGCGUCGUCUCUAUUAUUCGAGUCACCACACUCACCGUGUUUGAGAAACAUAUGGACGACGCGACAUACUAUAGUGCACCAACUGCAUACUGGAGUUCUAUCGAAGCCAAUCUUGGUAUCGUAUGCGCAUCACUUCCGGCCCUUAAGCCUUUGAUCGUCAGAAUCAUUCCUGUCUUUGGUAGCCUACAUGACAGCAGGGGACGGACCUCGGAUUCGGCGACUGGAAACAGGCACAGGCUGCACAAGCUCGUCAGCAAAGGCAUCCGAAGAACCGGCGAUGACGAAGAAAAGCUGACGAGCCAGUCGAGCGUCAGUCAUGCCCACUCAUUCACAUCAGGGCCUUCGGAGAGCGAGAUGCAGGGGAAGAAGAUAUAUGUUACAAAACAGUUUGAAGUUGACAACAGCCAAGAACGGCAGGGCAGCAACCAGGAAGUGGCAGCUGCCGAGUUUUUGACGCACGACACCAGCCGGUAG